AUGGAGGGAACCCAGAAGGAGAGCCCGAAGGCCACCAUUUUCCUGUGCACAGUCGCGGCUAUCAACGAGCAGGUCGUCACAGCGAUUUUCUCGGAUAGGCUUUGCAUGAUGGCCCUGGGCACGAGCGACUCCGUGAUCUACAUGUUCGAGCUAAAUUUGAUUGUUUCCCGGUCGAAUGGGUCGGAGGUGGAACAGGUGAUGAUGCAUCCCUCCAACUCGGAUGAUCAGUUCAUGCUGCGGGGGCUGGAAGGGCCACUCUAUGACGGCGCAUUUUGUCAAAAAUGUAAAUAUUUCGUCAGCUGCGCGAUGGACUUCACCGUGCGGCUGUGGUGUCUGAGCUCCCGAUGCAUCCUGUUCAACUAUAUCGGCCAUUCGUGGCCCAUCCGCAGCGUGGUGUUCAGAGCAAAUGGCCUUUUUGCCACCGCUUCGUACAGUGGCAGUGUGACAAUCAGCAAAAUGGACAGCAUCAGUCCUUACCGCCAGUUCUCUGCGGCCAACAAAGAACCCCUUACGGCCUGCCUGCUCCAUCCUGCUGCAUACGCGUAUUACUGUAUUGUUGGUUGCCUCAACGGCGCCAUUCGCAUUUGGGACUAUGCUGGUCAAUGUUUCGAGUGGCGAGUCUUGCGCGGCCACAAGUCGGCUGUCACCGUCUUGGCUCUCUCAAACUGCAAUUUGUACCUAGUCUCGGGUGACGCCAGCCACACAACCCUUGUCUGGGACGUUAGAUCUCAGUGGGUGAUCCGCUCCCUGGGCCAACACUUGGGACCCAUACGCUCGAUCGACUUUUCCCUUGACAAUAGCCUACUGGUGAUUGGGGCCGGGGAUAAUUAUCGGCAGCUGAGCAUCUGGGACUUUAAGGGUCUCAAGCAGGCUGAGCCCCAGAAGAAGGCGUGCAAUGGUAGCCCUUUAAGCAAUGAGCAUUUGCUAGUAUUCUCGCAUGUCAACGUGGAGGCACCCAUCGCCAAGAUUCGCUUCAUCAGCUACGAUAUUCUGAUGGGUGUUUGUGUAGAUACCACACAUUUCCCUUGGCGGAAUCGGUCACAGAUAAGCUGGAUUGACAGCAAACGCCAAAUGAAAGCCUUUCUCAAUCAAAAGAUGGCGAAUUAA